AACAACAACAACAACAACCACAAAAAUGAGCGGCUAGAAUCUCAUGACAGUAUCUGAUUCUACACCGCAUGAAAGGUCCAUUUUCAGCAUCUGAUCAUAUUCAAAUUGAUGUGUAAGGCCAGGCCUACAAUAUCAGUUUUUAAGCAAAAUGGAGGCUCUCACUCCGAGAUCUGUUUCACCAGACGGAAACCUUUCCAUUGCCUCUUCAAUGACCAAUUCAACACCAGAGGCCAGGCUAGAUGCCCUCAGGACAAGGCAAGCCACACGUAGCGGAUCUUCGGCCGCGGAUGCCGACGACGAAAGCAUGACAGAUUUCACGGCAAAUCUCGAAGAAUACGUUAAUGGAAACGUGAACCUGGAUAAAACUCUGCAUCAAGGGAAGGAUUCGCUUUCUAUGCCGCCGAGGAAACAGCAUUAUCCCGACGAUCGCAGUGAGGGUAGCACGCAUCACACUAUGAAGGAAGCCAAUGAUGGACCAAGCGAUUUUACACAAAAUAUGGAGCGAUGGAUGCGAGAUACGAUCGAGCGCGAUAUUGGCAGUACCGGUGACGAGAUUUACAAUAAUGAGGAUGAUGUAGUUCCCGAGGAGAUCCCAGAUGACCAGAGCAAUGAGCGGGCAAGAGUAAAUACGCGAGAGGGGAGCUCCUUUUACCCAGUGGAUGCAUCUACACCUGAUCCCAAGGCCGAGCGACGAUUAUCAAACGAGUCGAAGCGAUCGAAUAUGUCUUCCCAAUCCGCUCAACCUCCAGCUGCGACACAAGCUAGGGCAGAGGAGCCAGUGACACAUGAUAUCGAUGAGGAACGUGAGGAGCUGAAAGUUCAGAUUUCCAAUCUCUUGCAGCAAGUGGAAAGCUUGCAUAAAUCUGCCCUGGAUAUUCAAAGGGCCAAAGAACGAGCCGAGACUGUGGCAGCCGCACAAGAGAGGAGACUUAAAGACAAGGAUGCGGAGAUUCUAAAGAUUCAAGACAUGGUAGAACGGAUCACAGAGCUACAGGAAGAAAAGCUCAGAGACAAGGACGAGGAGCUUAGCAAGCUGAAAGCUUUAACGGAAGAGAAGGGAAAAGCGCAAGAGCAGAGACUCAAAAACAAGGAUGAAGAGCUGGCCAAGUUCAAAGAAGAACUGGAUGCUGCAAAGAAGGAGAUUCAUGAUGAGUUGGCGAAGCUACAGGAACUGCGGACUGUGCAGCCAAGGCCGGUUUCUGACCCAAAUCAGGCGCCUAACCUCAAAGAGAUCGAUGAUCUGCGGAAGGAAGUGCAGCAGUUACGGUCAAAGCUUGCUCAGACUGAAUCUGUACGCACGCCAACAGGCUCGGUGAAUAGCCCUAAGAAAACUCGGUUUAGUUUACCAGGAGUGGACUACGAGGGGCUGUGGCCUGAAUCAGAGUCGAAGAUAAAGAUCCUUGAGGCUGAGCUCAAGGCCCUGCAGCAGCAUACUGCAGCAAACAGGGCUGGCGAUAUCGCCUCUGUUCGACAUCUUGAAACCAGUGUUGAUGGAAUCAAGAUUGAUGUCAGUGGAACACAGCAAGAUAUCGCUUUUAUUAAGGUCCAGGCGGAUACGUGGAAGAGUGAAGCUCUUUCUCGAAUUAGCGCCCUCGAAAAUGCGCUCGAGUCCACCAGACAAGAAGCGUCUGACGCUCGAGUUGAGGCAACGGCUCAGGGCGCGAAGGUGGCCUCGGAGAUGAAGGUUGUCACAACGGACAUGGAUAGGUCCAAGACCGAAACCGGUCUUAAAAUCGCCGCGCUCGAAGCUGAAGUCACAUCGAUCAAAUACGACUCUACAACGCAUAUCGAAUCUCUGAAAUUGCAGAUCCGAAGCAUUCAGCGAGAUCUUGAUGAGACCAACCGAUUACUUCAGUCUACCGAAAAAGACUCCGAUGCGCAUUCCCGGCUGAUCGAAUCCCAAGCCAGUGAGAUUAAAUCUCUCAAUCUGACGAUUAGCAAGUACGAGCGUGAAAGCCUGGAAAGACAGGACCUGCUUGACCAAUAUAGUCGGGAGCUCAAAGAGCUCGGUUCUCAGCUCGAGGUCUUGAGAAAGGAGCGUUCAGAGCAGUCGCUUUUGCCAGAAUCUAACCUCUCUCGAACAAAUAUAGAUCAAGACUCCGCCGAUGAGUUCGAAAUAAGAAAUCAACGGCACAUUGAGGAGCUGAAAGAGGAGAACCGACGAACAAUCGAGCAUCUUGGCCAAAAGCACGAUGAGGAGGUAAGCAAACUGAAGGACCUUCUUCUCAAGGCCGGAGAGGGCAUGAAGAAUCGCGAGUCCCGACUCACGAGCGAGCAUGCCAAGGAGAUUGAAGUUCGAGAAGACCAAAUUCGAUCCCUUGAAAUUGCGCUUGCGCAAAAUGAAGAGGCACUAGCCGAAAGCGAAGAAGCUUUGGCCAAGGUCAAAAGGGAUGUGCCAUCAAAACGCAAGGCAGAUACCAAGGCCAGAAAACAGAAAGUCCGCUUCGAGGAUGAAAGCAGUGACAAUGAGUCCGACGUUGACCACGACCACACGCGACACGAAGAUGAGACGGAUAUGAGUCUUCUAGGACCUCCUGCAGCGAGAACCUCUCGCAGUAACUUGAAAACGAAAGGGCAAAAGUCUUCUACGCAAAACGCGAGGAACGCCAAGAGUUCAAAAGCCCGCACAGCAGGGGACAGUGAAGAGAGUGACAAUGACAUUAAUUUCGAUUCUGCAGAAGAAACCACACAAUUGAACAUUGAAAGGGCAGACUCCAAACCUAAGCCGCACGACGAGUCAUCUAGCCUCUCAGAACUUCGCCAAGCUGUGUCUAUUCUUUCAAAAAAGCUUAACGCGUCACAGACUGAAGCCAAGCUGGCACAAACAGAGUAUGCCAGGUUGGCAGCAGAGGCCAAAGAGGCCAAAGCUGAAAUUCAGGCCACCAAGAACGACAACGAUGAAAUCAACCGAGCUUUGGAACGCAAAUUAGCAGAGAAGUGGCGCGCAAAAGAGCGAGAAUGGCAUCGCAGAUUGGAUGUACUUGAGAAGGAUAAGCGUGAUAUGGCAAAAGUUCUGAUGCAACAAUGGGGAAAGAUGGAGGUCGGUGAGACAGAUCCCUUGCAAAAGUAUAAAUAUCAGUAUGUCAUGCGUACGGAAAAAGGCAAGGAGCAGCGGGAAAAACUCAGACAGAAGGAUGUUGAGCGAUAGUUGAAGUUGAAGUGGGUGUCUAGAUCAUGGAAGGAGAAUACCUUCGAGCUCUGCAUGGUCUGAAUAGUUAUGCCCUUAUUGGGAAUUGUGUUUGGGAAAAGCCAAGUGAACUGUACGAAGACUUAUGGUCAUGAAUUUGUGUUGGAAGAUUUUGAGUUUGGAGUGUUUGGCGUCAUUGAAGAGAUUUUUUUCCUGCGCGGACAUCAUGGGUACAUAGGGUUCAGAUCCUCUAUAUCGAGAUUUUCACAGAGUGUUUAAAUUCAAGCAUUUCAUGUUAAAACC